CGGUUUUCUUACAAACCUUGCCACUUUACUAUCGCAUUAAUGUAAAUAUUGUUUCCUAUUCAAAAUAAGUGUGUUUAGAAAUAAUAAUUACAUGCAGUGACGUGAACGAAAUAAAUAAUGUCACAGCUAAUGUGACUAAAAUACUUCAACCAACUAAGCUAACCAGCUAAGUAAAACUAGCUAUCAGGCUAACAGAGCUAGCGCAGAGAUUUAGUUUCAGAUGCGCUGUGUUUACAGUCCGGUUCAGUACAGCUGUUCUGAUUAGAAACAUCACACAACAGCUGCACGUGCAAAGAAGUAUUAACACAGAAUUAGACUGUACUGAACAGAGGAUGGGUGCUGAACAGAGUGGAGAUGCUGAGCACAAGCAUUCAGAUUACAGUUCUUCAGUUGUGCCCUCACCUGCAAAGCAAAGAGCAAAAAUGGAUGACAUCGUGGUAGUGGCUCAAGGUACUCAAUCAUUACGUAACAUCCAUAAUGAUCCUGAUGUCAUCAAACUUCAGGAAAUCCCCACUUUUCAGCCACUUUUAAAGGGUGUCCUGAGUGGACAGGUGUCUCCCAGUACCGUGUCUCUGGAAAAGCUAGACCACGUGCAGGUGAUGCAGCUGUGUGUGCGCUACCAGGAUCAUCUGCACCAGUGUGCCGAGGCUGUGGCCUUCGACCAGAACGCUCUCGUCAAAAGGAUUAAAGAGAUGGACCUGUCAGUGGAAGCGCUCUUCAGCAUCAUGCAGGAGAGACAGAAGCGCUAUGCCAAAUACGCUGAGCAGAUUCAAAAGGUGAACGAGAUGUCCAUGAUCCUGCGACGGAUCCAGAUGGGCAUCGACCAGACUGUGCCUCUGAUGGAGCGCCUCAACAACCUGCUGCCCGAGAGUGAACGUCUGGAGCCCUUCAGCAUGAAGCCUGAAGCAGAACUCAAGUAGACCUGCACAGGGAGUGAUAAGAGUACAUUGUAUUAAGCUGAGACUGAGUUUACUGUGUUUACUGUUUACUGUGGAUGUGCAGUAAGGGAAACAUGGAUGGUCUUUGUGUCUGGACCAGAUAUUGUUAUACUGUUAAGGUCAAAAGGUGCACCUGAUACAUGUUGAAAAAUACUUGAGAGACUUGAACUGUGGGUGGCCCUUACCCAGGUGUAACUGUAAAUAAUAAAUGUUUGCCUCUAAUGUCAUGUGGCAAUGAUUUGCACUUAAAUACAUGCUUUUUUUACGCAUUUUCUCCCUUUUUGUCCUGAUUUGUAGCAUGUCCAGUUUUUACCCAAUUGCGUUAUGCUCUCUAUUGGUGCUGACCCCCGCUCCUGAUUGAGGAGAGCAAACUGACACACGUCCCCUCCGAUACGUGAGCAGUAGCCGACUGCAUUUUUUCCCCUGCACCAGCCGAGUUCAUAUGCGAAUCAGCCCUGUGCAUGGAGAGCCACGCCCCGAUCAACGUUAUUUCUCGAUUAACCAGCCUGCAGAGGUCAUAAUUGUAUCAGUUAUGAGGUCCCCAUCCGGCUCCCUAAUCCUGUAUGAACACCAGCCAAACGUUGUUCAUAUAGCCGCCCAGCCCAGCCGGAUGGCAGACCUGAGAUUCGAUACGAUGUAUUUGAAAUCCCAGCUCUGGUGUGCUAGCUUGUUCUACCACUGCGCCACCUGUGUGGCAACUGCUUUUGAUUUUCUGAAAAACAUAAUUCUGCUACGGAGUUAGUUAAUAUUUAAGAAAAAUGUGUAAAGCUUAAUAAAAACAACAACAACAAAGGUACAUACUGCUUAGGGCUUGACAUGAUUUUUUUCUACCACUACAACUAAUAUAUAAUUUUAUUUUUUUAAUUAUUUUAACUGGUCACAGAUUUAGCGGUCACUUCACAGGAUCAUUCUGGUCUUCACACUUGUUUUGCAAAGUUUUAUGCCAGAUGUCCUUCCUGGUGCAACCCUGCUGAGAGUACACUGAGAAUACACUGACAAGUGCACCCGCCCAUAAAUAGCAAAUUGAGUCUGUGUUGACACCCAACUGACUGAUAGCACCUUAGACGUUCAAACCCCAUAUUAUACAGCUGCACAACAAAGCGCCCAACACUAAUACUAAAUGCAUAAGCAGUACAAACAUGCAGUUUGUUAUUAUUAUUACUGUUGUUAUCAUACAUUGUUUUAACAGUAUAAUUGGUCCACAGUUUAUUAUACACACUUUAAAGUAGUUACUCGGAUUAUUAUUUUAGUGUUUUACAUCUUAUAUAUUUAUAUCUUAGAAUCUCAGAGUUUUCCAGUAGGUCAACAGUGGCCAUACAGCCUCUGUUGGGCCCUAGAGCAAGGCCCUUAACUCUCUUGGCUAUUGUGUUCACCCAUGACAUCAGCUAUUAAGUACAGCUGUACAGAGUAAAUGAACCUGCAUCAAAUUAUCAAAUGUUUGCUUCUGUUCUCUGUCUGAUUCUUCAGCUCUGUAAACUACAUGACAGGGUGAGAGAUUUCCUUUUAUUGCUUUGUGAUGAUCGGUAAUCAGUGAUUUGUCUGUCUGAUUUCAGCCAAUGCACUUAAUAAAGGUCCAAGGGCCCUUACAUAUCAAUAUAUCGGUUGGGUAAAAAGUGUAUAGCCUGUUAUUUAACAAAUUUUUAAAUCACAGAAUUAAAAGGUCAAUUUCAACUGUCUUCUUAAAACACCCCAAAAAGAUGUUACAAUAUUUAUUGUUAUUAAUUUAAUAAUAAAAAAUAUAGAAAAAUA